AUGGUCAAAUGGAGAGAUAACUUGCCUACAGCUGUGAACAUCUUAAACAAUAGGCCACUCUCAGAUCAUGACACUCCCCUCACUAGAAUGAUCGCACUCAAUAUACAGGGUAAACCAUAUGUAACUAACACAAUCACAUAUUGGGAAACAGAGGAGGGAGCCUUGGCACUAUACAGGGCUACCCCAGAGGCUGCAGGAAUAGACUUGCAUGCCAGAAAGGAGGAAAGACUUAAAAGAGGGCAAGUUCAGAUGUUCCCCACAGGUAUAGGAAUACAAAUACCCCCGGGACACUUUGGACUAAUUACACCCAGAUCUAGCCUCGCCCUUAAAGGGAUACAUGUAAUGGGAGGGGUCAUAGACGCUGAUUACCAAGGAGAAAUAAAGGUCCUUUUGUUAAAUCAGGGACCACAAGACUUGCUAGUGCAAGAAGGGGUCAGAAUAGCCCAAUUGGUUAUCAUCUCCAUUUACCAGGGACAGGUACACAAAGGAACAGCCCCCAUCUUACAAACAGUAAGAGGAGAUAAGGGAUUUGGCUCUACUAACCUAAAUCCAGGGGCCAAAGUCUGGGUGAGGGCAGAGAAAGGCCCCCCAGAACCAGCAGACAUUAUUGCAACAGGCAAUGACAAUACCGUGA